AUGGCAGCAACAAAUGAACAAAUUCAACAAGCAAUUGAAAGUUUUUUUCUACUAUUCAAUGGCGUUGUUGUCUUUUUAAUGAGUUGUGGUUAUACAUUAAUUGAAUCAGGUGGUGUUAGAAGUCAAAAUGCAGGUCAUACUUUAUUUAAAACACUUCUUAUAUUUAUAACAUCGGCACUUUCUUAUUGGUUAAUUGGUUAUGCAUUUGCAUUUGGUGGAAAUCCAAAUGUAAUAUUAGGUACACGAUUUUGGGCAAGUGAACGUUUUGGUAGUAAAGAUCUUUAUCCAGGUGUUGAAAAUUUUACAAAUUCAAAUAAUGUUUAUAAAUUAAAUAAUCAAGAUCCAUAUAUUAAUUUUUUUUAUAAUUAUAUGUUGGCAUUUUUGGUUACAAAUAUAGCAGCUAGUGCAUUUGCUGAACGUUGUCGAGUACCUGUUUAUGUACUUUUUACAAUUCUUAUGUCAGGAAUUGUUUAUCCAUUUCUUACACAUUGGAUGUGGGGCGCCAAUGGUUGGCUUGGUGCUAUUGUUGGUGCACGAGACUAUGGUGGUAGUGCAAUAAUUUAUUUAACAGCUGGUGUUGCAGCAUUAAUUGGUACUAUAUUUCUUGGUCCACGUUUUGGACGAUUUGAACCUCGUACAUUACCAUUAUUUGGUCAUAGUAUACCGAUAACAUCGGUUGGUGCAAUACUUGUUGCAUUUGGUUUUUUUGUAUUAAAUUCAGGUGGUGAUCAUCGUAUAAUAGGAAAAGCAUAUGGUGAUCGUGUUGGACAUGGACUUAUUAAUACACUUUUAUCAGGAGCAACAUCAGGUGCAACUUAUUAUCUUUUACAACGAGUUAUUGAAUCAAUAAAUCAACCAGCUCGUCAUCUAAAACGGCGUGUAUUUUUAUCAACUGUUAAUUCAAUAUUAUGUGGAAUGGUUGCUGUUGCUGCUGGAGCUGUUGCUUAUAAUCCAUGGUCAUCAGUUAUUAUCGGUUUUAUUGCUUCAUUAAGUUUCUUAUUAUGGAGUAAAUUAUUAAUUAAACUUCAAAUCGAUGAUCCUGUUGAAACAGCUGCUGUACAUAUUGGUGGUGGUUUAUGGGGAAUAUUUGCUUUACCGAUAUUUCGACGAACAAUUGGACCCAAGACUGAUGGUACAUUUGAUGAAAAUGUUUUUUAUUCAAUUAUUUAUCGAAUUACUCUUGGAGAAAGUUGGCGAGGAUUACUUAAUUCAUUAUGUACGGCAGCUGUUGUUAUUGCUUGGACAGCUAUAUUUAUUACUGUUCUUUUUAUCAUACUUAAACUUCUUAAUUUAUUAAAAGUAUCAAAAGAUGAAGAAUUACGAGGUAUUGAUUUAUUUCAACAUGGUGAACCAGCUUAUGCACUUAGAAUUUAUUGUGCUGCAUGUGGAGAACAAUUACAAGGUAAAACAAUUGAACAAGAAACAGUUGGUACUGCUGGCGGAGGUCUACGUACUAAUUUUCCAACUAUUGUUACAGAUGCUGAAGGCGCCAUCGUCCCUAUAGAAUAUUUCAGUGAUCGAAAUGGAACUGGUGGGAAUACAAAUGAAUCAAAAAUAAAAUCAUUAAACGAAGAAAAUCGUGUUUGA